AUGGCAGCAACAGUACAGAGUGCCCCGGUACCAGCACAUGAGCUCGUCUACGAGCCAGAACAGCUACCCAAGCUGCGAUCGAACUAUGGAAAGUACCUCGACAACGAUACCGUCGGCUGGAUGCGUACCACGCCGAUCGAUACACCUCUCGAGGACAUGCGCCGUCGCUUCGACGAAGAAGGCUACAUUUUCGUGAAGAACGUCAUGCCCCGCGAGGAUGUCCUCGACAUGCGCGAAGCAUACUUUGAGCACAUGGCACCCACCGGCAUCCUCAAGCCCGGCACAACAGCAAGCGAAGGAAUCUUCAACCCAGAAGCAGACCCAGUCGCACACCAUGGCAACGGCGGCAGAGACCUCCUCGAGGACAUCGAGAAAGUCAACAGAUUGAUCUCCGCGUAUACAAACCCCAUGUACACGGCGUUCCUCGAACACCCCAAACUCCGCCAAUUCGUCCGGGAAUUCAUGAAAUGGGACAAAGACGUCUUAAUCAAGCGGACCCUCCUCCGCCACAACGUCCCCAACGGCUUCAGCACAGGAAUCCACUACGAUAAAAUCUUCCUCCGCGCAGGCGAAGCCAACUUCCUCACAGCCUGGGUUCCCAUCGGCGACUGCACAGCCCAAGGAGGCGGCCUGAUGUAUCUGGAGAACAGCACAGAUAUCGGCCUGGCGAUGGAGCAGGACUUCAAUGAUCGUGCAGCAGCGGCGGGUUUCUCGAAGGAGGAGAUUAUCAAUAGGUUCAAUGUGAACAUGGCGAAGGAUGGUCAGUUGAGCCAUGAUGCUGGCGAGUUGACGGAAGAGAUUGAGAGUGGGAUUCAUGGCGGCGAGAGGAGGAAGAGGAGGUGGUUGGUUGGGGAUUAUGAGGCUGGUGAUGUGGUGUUUCAUAAUCCUUAUAUGAUCCAUGGUGCGGUUAAGAAUGAUGAUGCGCAGGGGCGAACACGGUCGUCGACAAACCUGCGCUUUUACGAGGAGGGGAGUAAAUUGGAUGAGAGGUGGAUGAGGAGUGUUUGGACUCCUGGUGAUGGCUUGUAG